CCGGUCGGUGCCGGCCGCUCAGUGGUGCCGGCGCCGGCCGGUCGCGUGCACUGGUGUCGCCGCUCCGCCGGCGCCUCGGCAGUCGGCGUGCUCGGCGUGCCCGCCGGCCGUGCCCGGGUCCCCCUCGCGGGCCGCCAGCACCGCAGUCGCUGCUCUCGGGGCGAUCUGCCGACACCACCAACCGAGCGGGGACCGGCGGCGGCGGCUCCUCCGCUGAGAACAGCGGCAUGCGGGCGGGGCGGCCCGGCGCCGCGCCGCCUGCCCUGGUCACGUGACCAUGGCCCAGCUGAGCGGCAGCGCCGGCAGCAGCCCGCCGCCUCCGUCGGGCAGCCUCAGCGAGCGGCGCCGCAUCGACACCGUGCUCCGGCAGCUGACGCUCGGACCGCCCCAUGACCCGGCGACCGGGGCGACACCUAUAACUGCCGGCCAGCUAUCGCCAGCGCCACCUGCAGCCAUGUUCUCUCGGGGCGACUCGGAGCAGGAGCGUCUCCCUGAGGAGGGUGAGGCUGCUGCUGCUGCGGCCGCCGCCGCCGCCGGGAUGGCGCCAGCGGCGGGUGGACUCGGCGCCGUGGCUCGGGAUCCGCUGAUGCGGAGUCCGCGCGCGCUCGGUGCCGAUGUGUUCCGUUUCGACUCGGGUGACAGUGAACGGUUCGCGUGCCGCGCGAUCUCCGAGGAGGACGAGGACGUGUUCUCUCCGGUGUCGUCCAAGUCGCCGCACUCGUCGCUGGACAGUCCGCUGGUGAGCCAGGACUCGCCGCGGGUGAGCGGGUUCGGCACGUUCCGUAUCAAAGAAGAGCCGGACGUGGACCCGGAGAGCCGGCUGGAGGGCGCGCCGGCGGUCUGCUCGCCGCCGCGGCUGCACGUGCUCACCUGUGAGCGGCCCACCGUGUGCGCCGCCAGCACCGCCGGCGGCGCGCACAAGUUCACCUUCUGCGCGUGCGCCCACUGCACGGCCGGCAUGGAGAGCGAGCACCGUCUGGAGGUGCACAGCCGGCUGCUGGGCGCCGGCCUGUCCAGCUCGCCCAUCUCGCCGCUGACGCCGCUCACCCCGGCCAGCCCGGCGUCGCUCUCGCAGUCGCCGCUGCCGCUCGAGUACCUGUCGCAGCUGUCGGAGCUGUAUCGGCGCCGCAGUCGCUCCGAGUCCGACCUCAGCGCCUGGAUGGAGCCGCCGGCGCCGGCGCCGGCGCGCGGCUCCGUGCUGCGGCCGGGCCGCGCCGCCGCGCCCCAGCCGCUCUUCAUCCCGGGCAAGUCGGGCUCGCUGGAGUCGGACCAGUCGUCGCCGCAGGACUCGCCGCUGGAUCUGUCGGUGCGCUCGGCACGGCUCGGCUCGACUGCCAGCAGCGCCGGCUCCGAGACGAGCGCGCCGCCGCGGUUCGGCGCGCACCACCCGCUGCUCCGGAUGCGCUCGCCCGGCCUGCACCCGCCCAUCCCCAUCGUGCACGGUAACGUGGCGUCGCCGACCACGCGCGACUCUGUGGCACUCCGGUACAACCUCGAGGUGUGCCCGGUGGUCGAGCAGAUGCCGCCCGGCGCCGACGUGGCCUACGUGUGUCCCGUCUGCGGCCAGAUGUUCUCUCUGCACGACCGGCUCGCCAAACACAUGGCCUCCAGGCACAAAACCAAGCCGGCCGACGCCUCCUCCAAGGCGUACAUGUGUGAGACGUGUAAGCGGUCGUUCGCGCGCAGCGACAUGCUGACCAGGCACAUGCGGCUGCACACGGGCCUCAAGCCGUACACGUGUCGGGUGUGUGGUCAGGUGUUCUCCCGCUCCGACCAUCUCUCCACACACCAGCGGACUCACACCGGCGAGAAGCCGUACAAGUGCCCGCAGUGUCCGUACGCCGCCUGCCGCCGCGACAUGAUCACCCGCCACAUGCGCACCCACUCGCGCUACGAGCUGGCCGAGGGCGGCGGCAGCGUGGACGAGGCCGGGCCGCCGCGCUCGCCGCGCGCCCCGCCGCGGCGUGCCAACUCGGAGGAGCAGCCGCCCACGUACCUGCGUCACCUGUCGGCGGGUCUGGGCGGCCUGCCGGCGCCGCCCUCGCCCUCGGCGGGGCUGGGCGGUCUGCCGGCGCCGCCCUCGCCCUGCGCGGCGCUGCAGUCGCUCUCGGUCCAGAGCCCGGCGCCCAUGGAGACCGGCGAGCCGCCCGAUGACUGAGCGAACCGCCGCGUACCGCUCUCAGUGAUAUGUAUCCCAAAUAUAUUUAUCAAGUUUGCUCAAAGCAGCUGGACGGCGCAGGCUCGUCGCGCGGCCGCAGCUAUGAGGCAGGCGGCUUUCGGUACAAAUGGCGACCGCAGAGGUCAUAGAGGGAAAGCGAGAGGGGGCCGAUAUAGUGAGUGAGUGAGAGUGAGUGAGUGAGUGAGUGAGUGAGUGAGCGAGCGAGAGUCGAUGGUCCCUCCGUCACAGAUCUCAUGCUUGUUUCGGCGUUGAUGUGCGGUAUACCUACGCGUCGAGCUUUCCAAUACGAUGUUCUGGGUGUUACGCUGUUGUUCGCUUUCCCCGCUGUCGAUCUGAGCCGCCUUUGCUGGUUUUACGUCAGGCAUGUGGUGUUCGAUCGGCCGGCCGAUGGUUCAGUGCUCGUCAAUGUUUGUACUGCCGCUCGUGACGACCCGCCCCGUUUGAAUGGCGCCCCUCGGGCCGUGCGUUCGACCUCAUCUGAGCUCCUUGUGAAGUCGGCAUGUGUUAGCUACGUCAGCUCAGCGUUGUUCAAUUCGACACGGCGUCAUGUGCCGGCUGCCUGUGCGGGCUGGCGGCGGCCGGCGCUGGCCGCCGGGCGCCCCGCCGUCCAGUGUUGUGUCAUCGGCCCUGUGUUCACUCCCAUUCCCGCUCAAGCCGGCUGGCCGUCGCCGCUCGCUCUCUUCAGACGUCUACGCGCCGCCGGCCCGCACGCGCGCUCUUUUGGUGUACCCUGCCGGCCGCCAGGUGGGGGCGCGAGGGGGCGCCCGCCGGCCGCCAACCGAAUGUGAUCACCCCCGCCGGCGCGGGGGAACGGGUGUGAGUCGGGAGGGCCGGUGUUAUCGGCCAGCCGGACCCGGUCGGGCUCCACUGCCAGCUCGCCGAGUCGGCAGCUCGUUUUAUUCUUGCUACUACUGCCCAUUUUAGGAGGGGAGGCGGGGGUGUUCGGAGGGCAGCGCCCACUAGAUUCCGGAGGACACGGGUCAAUUGUGCGACUGUUCUGGCGAUGUCUGACGCGGGCUAGCGAUACGUUCCCCAUGCAGCAAUGCAAGUAUCACUUCAUGUUCAAAUACUUCAUACGCUAGAUCAAGCGUUUUGGCGAAAGGCAGUUUGCUUCUGCGAUGUUUCAAAUCAAUUCGUCACGUAGACUUUCCUGCAGAAUAAGCCGCAGUCAAUCCACAACACACAGCAUUAAUGGCUUGCAGCCUCGCAUAUCCCACCGAACUAGAAAUGUGAACCAGGCCAGAUCGGGUCUCCAUUGCUUCAGUACCUUAACGCUUACUGGUACCCCAUCCGGAUCACUGGAUGAAGCCGAUUGUACCUUUACAGAGUCAAUUACCACCAUUGGAAGUUGGAACCACUGGGGAAACACCUGCCAUAAUGGACAACACAGCUACUUUCCAGCUAUCUUCGAACAUAUGCUAUGGGCACAAAGCAUAUUUCUUACUCCACCUACACAAAAUUUUUAUUCGUGCGGCACAAAUCUGGCAGGCGUUUGUUCGUUUACCGUCCCACUGCCGCAGCUGACGCCCGGCGACCGAUCACGGAAGUUUCACGGAAGCUCAAGCACGCAGAACCAGAGAGGGUACGGGUGGGGUUGAGCUGCCGCCCAUUACCGUCACUGUGCAGCCAAUGUAUUUUUAAUAAAUACGCUACAAAUCGUC